UGGCCUUCUGCGCUUGUCAUCAUGGCGGCGCGGGGCCAUGUGCAGGAUCCGAACGACAGGAGGCUCAGACCGAUCUACGAUUAUCUUGACAAUGGAAACAACAAGAUGGCUAUUCAACAGGCAGAAAAACUGCUUAAGAAGCAUAAAGAUCUCCAUUGUGCUAAGGUGCUUAAGGCUAUUGGAUUGCAGAGGACUGGGAGACAGGAGGAAGCAUUUGUACUUGCACAGGAGGUAGCAGCCUUGGAACCUACUGAUGAUAACUCCUUGCAAGCACUUACCAUCCUAUAUCGGGAAAUGCACAGACCGGAGUUGGUAACUAAACUAUAUGAAGCGGCUGUGAAGAAAGUACCCAAUAGUGAGGAAUAUCAUUCUCAUCUCUUCAUGGCAUAUGCCAGAGUGGGUGAAUACAAGAAAAUGCAGCAGGCUGGAAUGGCACUUUAUAAAAUUGUACCCAAGAAUCCUUACUACUUCUGGUCUGUCAUGAGCUUGAUAAUGCAGUCUAUAUCUGCACAAGAUGAAAACCUCUCGAAAACUAUGUUCUUGCCAUUGGCUGAAAGAAUGGUGGAGAAAAUGGUGAAAGAAGACAAGAUGGAAGCUGAAGCUGAGGUUGAACUGUACUACAUGAUUCUGGAGCGUUUGGGUAAACAUUCAGAGGCCUUGGAGGUUGUCCGAGGCAACUUAGGAGAGAAAUUAACUAGUGAACUGCAAAGUCGGGAAAACAAAUGUAUGGCGAUGUACAAGAAGUUAAAAAAGUGGCCUGAAUGCAAUGCGCUCUCCAAAAAGCUUCUUUUAGAAAACUUAGACGACUGGCAAUUCUACCUUUCCUACUUUGACUCUAUCUUUUACCUCAUUGAAGAUGGGUGGACUCCCCCAUCAGAAGGGCAGAUGUCACUGGAAGGAGACCUUGACUACACAAUAGAACAAGCUGUCAGUUUUGUAGAAGAACAAAUAGAAACAGAAGCAAAGAUCUCACGAUCGCUCCGGGGACCACAUCUAGCUAAGCUCGAGCUUAUUCGCCGCUUGAGACAGAGAGGAUGUAAUGAUGAGUACAAACUAGGAGAUCCAGAAGAGUUGAUGUUCCAGUACUUUAUUAAGUUUGGAGACAAGCCAUGUUGUUUCACUGACCUCAAGCUCUUCACAGACCUCCUCUCUCCCAGCCAACAUACAACUUUUAUAAACAGAUUGUUGGGGUCUUUACCGCUUACUACUCCCGCCAAUGGGGAUUUUGCAUUACCUGAAGACACGAAGGCCCUACAGCGACAUUUGUGUGUAAUACAAAUUAGCAGGCUGCUUGGAAUUUACCAUAAAAUGGACAAACCACAAAAGCAGGAGGCAGUUCGGGAGAUGACUGCACGAUAUAGACAUGGACUCUCAUUUGGAGCGGGCAGCUUGAAAACAGAACUGCAGGUCUCUGAUUACUACUGUUUAAUAGGAGCUCAUAUGCUGUUAGAUCUCUGGCUAAAAACAGGUGAAGACUGGGCUGUAUGGCAUUGCCUUACUCUGUUAGAAGAAGGCUUGAGUAACAGCCCAUCACAUGCCCAGAUUAAGCUGCUACUGGUCCGUAUUUACUGUGCACUUGGCUCUUUUGAACCUGCAAUGGACCUCUUUGCCAGCCUGGAUGCUAAACACAUUCAGUAUGACACCAUUGGUUUCCUGUUGACCCGUUUUGCAGGACCUUUGGGACAGUUUCUUGCUGCAUCACAAGCCUGCAAUGCUACUCUGCGCUUUUUCCAUUCAAACCAGAAAGAUACCUCAGAAUAUAUAAUACAAGCUUACAAAUAUGGAGCUUUUGAGAAAAUUCCAGAAUUCAUUGAAUUUAGAAAUCGGUUGAACAAUUCCCUACAUUUUGCACAAGUUCGAACGGAGCGAAUGCUGCUGGACCUAUUACUUGAGGCAGAUAUUUCCAGUAGUCUAGAAGACCUUAUGAAAUCUAUGAGUCUAAGUCCAGAGGAAGAUGACAUUCCAUGGAAAACAUUAACAGACAACAGAGAUCUGACAGCACUCUUUAACUGGGAUCCAAGUGACCGGGUCGUUUUAGAAGAACAUAAGCAGCAGUCGCUGGAAGAAGAGAGGAUUUGGCUUCUGAUUCGAUCACUGACUCUAAGGCUGGUUAGUGGGCUGGCCACCCUAAGCCAUUCAUCUGACUCCAAGAAUUCUGAGAAGAGUGCAGAAAAUGGGAUAUCUUCUAGGAUUGAUAUAGUUCGAACAUUACUAAUCAAGUUGGAAGAAGUUGUAGCUUCUGGCAAGAAGUUUCUUGAAAGAAAAGGAACGUAUCCUUUCAUUGGUCCUCCGCCAUCUCGCCUUAGUGGUUUCCUGAACAGCGGCAGCUGCUUAUGUCAAAUGGAUAUUUUACAGCUAGUUAAUGAUAUUUAUGAACUGGACACAAAUGGCAUAGAUGACACAUCUGCGCUCCAAGAGAAAAUUGGUAUAAAAUUAAAAUCUUGUCAAGAGCACUUAAAAGAUCUUGUGAACCAGUGUAAAGGGUUGCUGAUCGAUAUCCAAGGAGGGUGUUGUAAAACCUUUCCAGAUAGUGUAGAAAACCUGGUCUUCUUUGUUGAGACAAUCUCUAUUUAUCAGUGGGUGUCCAGCUAUUUUGCAAGUGUUCUGCGACCGCUAAAGUCUAAUCUGCAAAAAAAGAAAAAGAAGAAAAAAGAAAGUACAGCCACACCUCCUGUAUUCACAAGCUACCAAGAGUACAAUACAGGGCUUCGUAUGUUGGUAUCCAAGAUGACAGAUCACAUUAAGGAUAUGGAGGUAUCGCUAACAGCACUGAAACUUGAAGAGCUGUCUUUGGACAAUGUCAUUUUUUCAGAGAAAGAAAAAACGUUUACAAAGUUGGUAAUGGAUAAAGUUCAAAGUGGCUACUUGCAUUCAUUACAAGACAUUGGGGAGCUGUUGAAAAAAAGACUAGAAACAAUGAAGAAACUCAAAAUCUAGAAUGUGAACGUGGGAAGAACCUUUUGCCUAUUAUGAGAAGAUCUUGGCAACUAUCUUAUUCUUUAAUCCAGAACUUCCUGAGAAAAUGCAUGAAGGACUUAAAUCAUUCUCUUGGGGGUUAUUUUAUUUUCUUCUUCCCCCUAGUUGUUUAAAUAUACAGGUGAUUUAAAUUAUUGUACAUAAACUAGAAUCAGAACCCACCACCUGGACUUCACCACUUUUUAUACAUUCAGACACCUGCAGCAAACGCAAAUCUAUUUCAUGCCUCUUGCUCAACCAUGGAAGCUCUGUAGAUGUAGCCGUAGAAAUCUGCUUGAGUCUUGGAGUCUAUCAAUUUGAUCCACCUCCUUUUCCCCAAAAAGGAAACUUAACAAUACAUGUAUUUAUAAAUCAAUUUUUUUUUUUCUUCUUUUUUUUUUUUUUUCUUGGGGUCCCUCUUAUUUUUGGAUUGAAUUUUAACUUUUUUGAAAUGUGACUGUUUCCAGACCUGAUAAUGAAAUUGGACUUUAGGUUGUAAGUCCUCUUGGACUUAAAUGAUUUAAAUGUGUGAAGUUAUACCAGCUGGAGUUUAAGCCCAUCAUAGACCACAGAUUUAUGUAUUUCAGCAAUCCCAAGGAAAUUGGUAUUUAAUAUCAAGUCACCAGGAAAAAAAUGGAUGCUAUAACUUGUAUUGAAAUGCAGAAUAGAUAGGAUGUUAUGCAUAAGCCUGAAGCCACUUUGUCACACCAUGUCACUGUUCUUGAAAUUCUAUAAUUAUCCGGUGCUUUACCCAAUAACCUUGUUCCUGUGCUGCUGUUUCUAGGAAUCCUACUGUAUUAAUAUAAAUUAGGCUGGCAAAUCUGCUUCCACGUGGUGGUGGCAUGCUAAAAUUAUUAUUUUUUUUAAUACUUAUUUAUGCAAGUCUACCACCGUUAAAGCUCUGGAAUUUAUAGACCUCUCUGAAACCAGUUGAACCUAUGUGUAAAUGAAUGCAAAACUUCAGCCCUACAUGUGGUUUAAAUUACCAGCAGACACAUUUUUAGUCCGGAUGCCGGUGUUUCAGAAUCCUAAUCUUUCACUUUGACUUCAGAAGUUCCAUGUGAAGAUUCUGAUAAAAGAGCAUUCGUAUCCUGCGUAAACAUUUUUGUUAGUAAUGCUAGGUUGUUGACAAAGGUAUUUUUAAAAUAAAAUUCUGUGUAAUAAACUUA